AUGGUUAAGAACAUGGAGCGAGUGUACACCUCAGCUUUCGACGCUUAUACUGUACACAAUUAUGUCCUGCGGAACAGGAGUGAGGCCACCCUGUCUCGUAUGCCGGGUCGGCGAGUUCCAUUCUUGCAAGUGGGACAAGACGUCAUGGUGAUAUGUCACCAAAGGCGUAAGUUAGAUCCGAAGAUGAAUGGCCCAUUCAAGAUCAGUCAAGUCAUCACGAAGUAUUUGGUCGAGUUGGAAGACGUUGAUAACAAGAAGUUAGGACGUCACUUUGUUGGUAACUUGCGACUUCUCCCUCCUGUCUCUGACAUGACACUGGCCAGAGCAGUGACCACAGAUAUUCAGUGA